AUGUCCACAGAUUCUUAGAGAAGAAUGCCCUCUGAAAAUCUCUCUUUUGUGACUGAAUUCAUCCUAGUAGGGUUAACAGAUCAGCCUGCUCUACAAAUAUCUCUGUUCUAUGUGUUUCUAAUAAUGUAUAUGAUAACUGCACUGGGAAACUCGAGUUUGAUCAUUCUAAUUGUGCUGAAUUCACACCUUCACACCCCCAUGUACUUUUUUCUUUUUAAUUUGUCUUUUGUUGACCUCUGUUAUUCUUCUGUGUUCACACCAAAAAUGCUGAUGAACUUUAUAUCAAAUAAGAAUGUCAUUUCUUACAUGGGCUGUAUGACCCAGCUCUAUUUCUUUUGCUUUUUUGUCAUUUCUGAAUGCUAUGUCUUGACAUCAAUGGCCUAUGAUCGCUAUGUGGCCAUCUGCAAUCCACUCAUGUAUACCUUUGUCAUGUCCCACAAAGUGUGUUUGAGCCUUGUGCUUGGUUCAUACUUAAUGGCAUUCUCUGGUGCCAUGGCUCACACUGGAUGCAUGCUGAGACUGACCUUCUGUCGUGCAAACACCAUCAACCACUAUUUCUGUGACAUUCUCCCUGUGAUGCAGCUCUCCUGCACCAGUACUUAUGUUAAUGAGCUUGUAGUAUUUGUUGUUGUGGGCAUCAACAUCAUUGUGCCCAGCAUCACCAUCUUUAUCUCUUAUGGUUUCAUACUCUUAACCAUCUUCACCAUCAACUCCACUGAGGGCAGAUCCAAAGCUUUCAGCACCUGUAGUUCCCGUAUAAUUGCUGUUUCUCUGUUCUUUGGAUCUGGUGCCUUUAUGUAUCUUAAACCAUCUUUGUCUUUAUCUAUGGAUGAAGGAAAAACUUCCUCUGUCUUCUACACCAAUGUGGUUCCCAUGUUGAAUCCUUUAAUCUACAGCUUAAGGAACAAAGAUGUAAAAACUGCUCUGAGAAAAACUCUUCGCAGAUGGAAAUUUUGA